UUGAUCUUUGUCAAUGUACACUACUUGAUUCUUUGAAAAUUAUGCUGUUAUCAGGUCCUCUCCUCCUGAAAAGACAUGGUUGGAGGAUAUGCUGGGUGUAAAGAACCUCCGGGGAUUAAAGGGAAAUAGGAAAAGAAGUCGCGACAAGAAAGUUGCGGAUGCUUCGGAGUUAUUGGCCAAAGCUACCAAGGACUGCAAUAAGGUAAUGGAGACGGCAGAGAGUACACCAUCAGCCCCCAAACAAUCGCAGCAGAACCUCACAGAAGCUUUAGUUGGUGUUGCUACCAGGUUCAGCGCACCUCAAGACCAAACGCAUGAAAAUUCUGUCCAAGUGCAAUGCACAAAGUCUGCCCCACAAAAGGAUCUUUCUUCAACUCAGCCGCAUGUCCAAGUCAAAUCCGAAACAUCAAAUGAUGACUUGGUGGACUUCCGGGGCUUGGCAAUGCUUCCAAGGUGCCAUGCCGCAUUGCUUGAGGAGGCCUGUCUUGAUCAUCCAGAUUUGGCCAUUUGCUCGGGCAGCAGGACCUCCAGAUGGCGCCAUUUUGCUUAUGAAACGUUGGGGGAGCUGCUGUUUUUCCUGCAUUCAACGAGAAGGAGAGAAAUGACUGAGGAGAUGUGCAAGCGUCUCAAAGGGCUGUGGAAGGAGGCUCAACUUUUGGGGUUUGAUUUAUCUUGGUUGUCUACUACUGUGACGUUUGGACUUAGCGCAA